CACCUGAUCAGACUACCGACGAAGACGACGACAUGCUCACAGUCAGAGACGUAAGAGGAACAUCUCUCUUCCUUUGUCAUCAAUUGGGUUUUGAUUCAUUCUUCUUCUACUACUCCACAUGGUACUCUCCGCCAUCGCUUCUCCACCAACAAGAUGAUCCCAUGCUCGCCAACAUCUCUCAGGCUCUCAAAAACCCUCAACCAAACAAUCUACACUCCUUCAUCAAGCGACUCCUCCCUUCCCUUACAGUAAAUCACGUUACCGACCUCAUCAACCGCAAUCCUGACUCUCUUCCGGCUACCUCUCUCCUUUCCUUCUUCAACUUCCUCUCAUCACAGCCCACCUUCCGCCUCACCGUCCACUCGUAUUGCACCAUGGCUCAUUUCCUCGUUUCUCACCAAAUGCUUCCCCAAGCGCAGUCUCUCAUCAAGUUCCUCGUCUCUCGCAAGGGUAAGGACUCGGCUUCUUCAAUUUUCGCUGCGGUGAUCGAGACGAGAGGUACCCAUCAAUGUAAUUUCGUGUUUGAUGCAUUAAUGAUUGCGUAUACCGAUAUGGGAUUUGUUUCCGAUGCUAUUCAGUGUUUUAGGUUGAUUAGGAAGCAUAAUUUCAAGCUCCCGGUUCAUGGUUUUGGAUAUUUGCUUAAUAAGACGACGAAAGUGAAUCCACCCAUAGCUGUUUGGGGGUUUUAUAAGGAGGUUUUGGAUUCUGGGUAUUUACCAAGUGUGUAUAAUUUUAACGUUUUGAUGCAUAAAUUUUGUAAAGAAGGGAAAUUGAAGGAUGCCCAAAUGGUGUUUGAUGAAAUGGGGAAGAGGAGGUUGCGGCCUACAGUCGUUAGCUUCAAUACUUUAAUUAACGGGUACUGUAAGGCAGGGAAUUUAGAGGAGGGGUUUAGGUUGAAGAGGAUUAUGGAGGAAGAAAUUAAAGUGAAACCUGAUGUUUUUACCUUCAGUGUUUUGAUUAAUGGAUUGUGUAAAGAGAGAAGAAUGGAUGAUGCAAAUGUUUUGUUUGAUGAAAUGUGCGAGAGAGGAUUGAUUCCAAAUUUUGUUACUUUCAAUAUUUUGAUUGAUGGGCAUUGCAAGAAUGGGAGAAUAGAUCUAGCGAUGGAAGUUUAUCAGCAAAUGUUGAAGAAAGGCCUGAAACCGGAUUUGGUUAUGUAUAAUACUCUCAUCAAUGGCCUUAGCAAGGCUGGGGAUUUGGUCGAAGCAAAGAAGAUUGUUAAUGAGAUGACUUCAGAGGGUCUAAAACCUGACAAGAUCACGUACACUACCCUGAUAGAUGGAUUUUGUAAAGAAGGGGAUUUAGAAUCGGCUUUAGAAUUGAGGAAAGAAAUGGUUGAGAAAGGGAUCGAGCUCGAUAAUGUGGCUUUUACAGCCCUUAUUGCAGGUCUGUGUAAAGAGGGGAGAGUUACUUAUGCAGAAAGAACACUGAGGGAGAUGUUGGAUGCUGGCAUAAAACCAGAUGAUGCCACAUAUACAAUGGUCAUUGAUGGUUUUUGUAAGAAGGGUAAUGUUGAUAUCGGUUUCAAGUUGCUUAAGGAGAUGCAGAAUGAUCAGCAUACACCCGGGGUUGUAACCUAUAACGUGCUCUUGAAUGGGCUUUGCAAGAAGGGGCAGAUGAAAAAUGCUGACAUGCUGUUAGAUGCUAUGCUCAAUUUAGGGGUGGUUCCUGAUGACAUUACGUACAACAUCCUAUUAGAAGGCCAUUGCAAGAACGCAAACUCGGUAGAAGUUAAUAAAUUAAGAGCCGAGAAAGGCCUUGUCUCUGAUUUUGCUUCAUAUAAGUCACUAAUUAAUGAGUUAAGAAGUUCGAAAGAUCAUAGAAAGAGAUGAUUGCUUCAUGACUUCAGAGCUUAUUAUCCUCCAGGCAGUUUCACUUAACUGGAAAAUCAGUGUCGAUAUUGAGAAUUAACUUAUUCUUUUCUCGUUCCAGUUAGAUUUUAUUGCUGAUUUGAAGUCUGGGCAAGCCCUGGUGGAACUGAAAGUUAACAUAUAUCUGAAUCUUCAAAAGGUCUGAACCUGUAUUUAAGAUAACAAUUGAAGUAAAGUUUGGAAGGCAAAUCUUGAGAAACAUUUCAUUGCUGUUACAUGCCUCGGUAAGUAUGGAAGUAAACUUUCGAAUGAAGGCUUGUGAACCAUUUUAAUUUGACUGUUGUACAUGUCUGAAUUUAUGUAUAUAAUAACCAAGGAAGCUGUUCUUCUAGUCUGAAAUUUUAUGUUGGUAACUGUGGAAGCUAAAUAAUUAUUUGGCUAGGCCAAGAGACCUGUGUGCCUGUCUUAGGAACUGUCCAAAUUUGAGCCAUGCUUAUGCCAAUUAUCUGAACUUAUUCUUGAGUUAGAAUCAGAUAAUUCUCUGUCAGCUACUUUCAUAAACCAACUUAUUAGGAUGUACAUCUUGGAUCUUAGGAAUACUUAAUGUUUUACAGUAA